UAUGUUUUGGGAACGGAGCGGUUAAAACGUGUUCUUCAAAAAGAACUGUUUUUCCAAAUUUAUCAUAUACUAAAAAAGAAUAAAGUAGUUGUGAUGCUGUGAAGUCACUGAGAUCAGCUAGAUUUAGAAAAUGGCUGUUCUAUAUAUUUUAUUUCUAAUUAGUUUGUUAGCUGCGAGCUCAAAUUGCUCAAAUUAUGUUGAAGAUUAUUUUGACCAACAAAUAGAUCAUUUUAAUUUCGAAUCAAAUAGUAAUCAAACUUUCAAGCAAAGGUUUCUUUACAACGAUACUUGGUGGGACAGAGGAAGAGGGCCUAUUUUCUUUUAUGCUGGAAAUGAAGGCGAUAUUGUAGGAUUUUGGGAAAAUACCGGAUAUAUGUUCAAAAUUGCUCCACAGUUUCAAGCACUAGUGGUUUUCGUUGAACACAGGUACUAUGGAAAAUCUCUUCCUUUUGGCCAAGACAGCUUUCAGCCUAAAUCCAUUGGACUUCUGAGCAUUCAACAAGCACUCGCGGAUUAUGCUUUUUUCUUAAAAAGCUAUAAGAAGAAAUUGAAUGCUGAUGAUUGUCCAGUAAUUGCUUUUGGUGGAAGUUAUGGAGGAAUGCUGGCUGCUUACAUGAAAUUUAAAUACCCAAAUAUCAUAACCGGAGCAAUUGCUGCAAGUGCACCCAUAUACCAAGUGGCUGGAAAAUUAUCAGGAGAUAUUUUCUUUCAAGCUGUUACCAAAGAUUUUCAAAAAGAACCUGGAUGUGAAAACCAAGUUCGAGCAGCAUUUGGACAAAUACAAAAGUGGGCAGCAGAAGGAGCAUCAGGUCUUCGAGAUAUUUCUCGAGCAUUUCAUCUGUGCAAACCUUUAGCUGAUAAUAAAGACUACGAUCAUUUUUUACGAUGGAUUCGAAACUCAUUUGUGUCUGCUGCUAUGAUGGAUUAUCCUUAUCCGGCUACAUUCAUGGGCAAUUUUCCAGCAUUUCCAGUGAAAGUAAUGUGUUCCCGUCUUCUGAAUGCUACAAGACCAGUUGAUGGGCUUUAUUCUGCUGCAGCUUUGUAUUACAAUGCCUCUAAUCCACCAGUCCCAUGUUUCGAUAUAUAUCAAGAAUAUAUUUACUGUGCUGACCCUACUGGAUGUGGCUUAGGAUCUGAUAGUAAGGCUUGGGAUUACCAGGCAUGCACCGAAAUUAACUUAGAAGGAAAUACCAAUGGUAUAAAUGACAUGUUUCCUGCUCUUCCUUUUAAUUCCACAAUGCGAGAUGAUUACUGUCUGAAGGCGUGGAAUGUACUGCCUAGAAGAAAUUGGCUUGAUGUGCUUUACUGGGGAGAAGAUAUUGCAUCAUCUUCAAACAUUGUGUUCAGCAACGGAAAUUUGGAUCCCUGGGCUCCUGGAGGGGUUCUUCAGGAUAUUUCUGACACAUUGGUAACAGUUUUAGUUGACGGUGGAGCCCAUCACCUUGACCUCAGGGCCGAUAAUCCACUAGAUCCACCAUCGGUUGUCGCAGCCAGAAGCUUCGAAACCAGAAAUAUACAGAAGUGGUUGCAUGAUUAUUACGGCAAACAUUAAAGUUUGUUUUCAUUCUAGACUUGAAAAUUUGAAGUUAAAAGCUACCGAAUAAUGUUACGAAAUGUCAACAUAUGUAAUUUCAUAUUCUUAACUGAAGUAGCAUAAGUUAAUAUAAAUAAUUUAGUUAAUGUUUCCACAGUUUGUACUUUUAAUAAAGAAAUUGUUACGAAA